AUGCACAAGCUUGAUGUUGUUGAUGAUGCUGUUCUGUACCGUUCCCUACCACACCAUCCGGUGUUCAAGGAGAGUAGUACUACCACCAAGGUGCGUGUGGUUUUCGACGCCUCUUAUAAAACGUCCACCGCAGUGUCCCUGAAUGAUACACUUCUCGUCGGUCCAGUGAUACAGCAGCCUCUUGUUAUCACCAUUAUUCGAUUCCGGUUUCACGUGAUCACCUUCGUUGCUGACGUGAAAAAAAUGUAUCGCCAAGUUCUCCACUAUCCCAUCGAUCAGCAUUUCCUGCGCAUUCUAUUCCGCCGAACUCCAUUGGAUCCGAUCGACACCUGCGAAUUUCUGACGGUCACGUACGGCACCAUAGCAGCUCCAUACCUGGCCACCCGCACACUUUACAGUUGGCUAUGGAUGAACUUCAUGGAAGCCGUUCAAGCAGUCAUCGAGGACUUCUACGUAGACGACCUCCUUUCCGGAGCAACAAAUCUGAAGGAUGCCAUCGAGAAGCGUCACAAAAUCACUGACAUGUUUGCGAUCCCUGGGUUUUCUUUGAGAAAGUGGGCCUCCAACGUGCCUGAAGCAUUGAUUGACGUACCAUCCGAAGACUUAGCGAUAAAACCGCUCCACAAUCUCCAAGACGAUCAAUUCGUCUCAACAUUAGGAGUUGUUUGGGACACAAGAAUGGACAUGCUGCGGCUCAACGUCGAUAUGCCGCUCCCUGCAGUAAUACUCACAAAACGCAAGGUGAUCUGCUACAUUGCUAGAAUAUUUGACCCAUUAGGUCUGGUUGGUCUGGUGAUAGCUGCCACCAAAAUGUUUAUGCAACGCCUCUGGUAA